GGCUCGUCUAACAAAUAUUGGAUAUUGAACCGAAGGCCACCUUUUUGUUUGUCGUUUGGUCAUUCAGUGCGUCGGUCGGUGCUGUGAUUUAUCAGAGGCGUUUAGAUCUAUCACGUAUUUGAAUCUGUAAUUUACAGGAAUGUUACUUCAAGGAGUAGUUAGAAGCGCAUUACGAUGCAGUCGAGUUCCUAUUUCGAAUUUAGUAUUUCGUGGCUAUGCAGCUCAUGUCCAGCGUCCGGCUCCUGAUUUUUGUGGAAUGGCAGUGGUAGAUGGUCAGUUUAAAGAGAUAAAACUUCAAGAUUAUGCUGGGAAGUACUUGGUUCUCUUUUUCUAUCCUCUUGAUUUUACAUUUGUCUGUCCAACUGAGUUAAUUGCAUUUUCCGACCGAAUCGAUGAAUUCAAAAAGGAAGGAGCUGAAGUUGUUGGGGUUUCAACUGACUCACACUUUAGCCAUCUUGCAUGGAUCAAUACACCACGUAAAGAGGGAGGUUUGGGAGGAUUACGCUAUCCUCUUCUUAGUGACUACAAGAAGCAGAUAACACGUGAUUACGGGAUCCUUCAGGAACAGUUAGGCGCUGCUUUACGUGGACUUUUUAUCAUCAGUCCUGAAAGUAUUGUACGUCAGAUCACUAUCAAUGAUCUUCCCGUUGGAAGAUCUGUUGACGAAGUUUUGAGACUGGUCAGAGCAUUCCAGUUUACAGACAAACAUGGUGAAGUAAUCAUUUUUCUAUUGCUAUUCCACUGUUUCUAAGUUGCCUUGAACUGUGAUUAAUUGAAUCACCUCAGUAACGAGAUGGAUUUUUACAUUGGAUCAUUAGGUUAAUACCGUUACAUAUGCCGAAUUACCUUUCAAUUUACUUAUUGUACAUUGAAGUUACAUAUUGGAAUACUACACAUUCGGUUGUCACAAACAAUUAAUUGGCUCUAUGGUCAAUUAACUGAUAGUGAAAUAUUCUCAUGUGCAUCAUAGAGGUGUGCAAUUUACAUAUUUAAUAAUUGAUACAAAGAAAAACCGACAUUGAGCAUUUAACCGGGAAUACAGUUCGUUCAGUUUAACGAUUUGUAUUUUAGUAUAUACAUAUAUCAUGUAACAUUUCAGGUAACCGGCGUAUAUUUGCGACGUACAAAGUAAGACAAUUCACUGUUAUAUGGAUUAAAUUUCUUCUAAAUAUGUAUUCGAGAAAUUAGUCAUUUUGUGUUUUUGUAAACAAAGUGUCCGCAAUCAGUGUUCAAUAACCAUUAAACACACAAUGAAGAUAAAAUUAAAACUCGGUACCUAAUUCUUAUUGCUUAUUACCAACUAAAAGUUUGUUUGAAAAAUAU